UUCAGUGAGUGGAUGAGGCCCCUGCUACAGGGACAUUGAGAGUGGAGCUGAAGAAAAUACUGGCACGAAUAGGUAAUGGAGACCUACAAUUACUCUUAUGACCCCUUGAUGGAUUAUGAUUAUGAUAAUUUCACCACAGUUAGAGUUAAGCAAGAGCCAUCACACGAUGCAGGAGACAUUGCUAGAAUCCUCUCUGUUGUAGUCUACAGCCUCACCUGCCUCUUGGGAAUUCUGGGGAACGGCCUAGUCAUCACGAUCAUCACUUUCAAGAUGAAAAAGUCCAUCAAUGCCAUUUGGUUUCUCAACCUGGCUGUUGCCGACUUUCUUUUCAACAUCUUCCUGCCACUGAAUAUUGCGUACACCGCCAUGAACUACCAUUGGGUCUUUGGGGCAGCCAUGUGCAAGUUAAACUCUUUCCUCCUCAACCUGAACUUGUACAGCAGUGUGCUGCUGCUGAUGACCAUCAGCUUAGACCGUUGUGUGUCCGUGGUCCUUCCAGUCUGGGCCCAAAACCAUCGAACCACUACGCUGGCAUGUUUGGUUUGCGUUGUCGACUGGGUGCUUGGUUUGGUAAUGAGUUCCCCAUCUCUUGUUUUCCGGGAUACUGCAGCUCACAAAGGCAAUGUGAUAUGUUUUAGUAACUACAGCUUGUUCAGGAAUAAGUAUGACCAUUCUCUGGGUGUGAUGAGACACAAGACUGUAAACAUUGUCAGGUUUCUGACAGGGUUUGUCAUUCCUGUCACCAUCAUCACAGUCUGUUACAUGAUCAUUGUCGUCAAGCUGAAACGAAAUCGGCUUGCCAAAUCCAAAAAGCCCUUCAAGAUCAUUGUCACAAUUAUUGUGACCUUCUUCUUGUGCUGGACCCCCUACCAUGUCUUCAACCUCCUGGAAACGCAGCAUGAGCAAGUCUCCCAUGUGGUACUCAAGAUUGGGAUUCCCAUCACCACGGCUCUGGCUGCGGCCAGCAGCUGCAUGAAUCCCAUCCUCUAUGUCUUCAUGGGCCAGGACUUUAAAAAGUUUAAGGUGACCGUCUUCUCCAGACUAGUGAACGCACUAAGUGAAGACGCCACCCACUCGACUCUCGCUCAGAGGAGCUUCUCUAAGAUGUCCUCAAUGACUGAAAAGGAUACCACCCUCCUCUGAGCUCUACGUUUGGUACUUCAGGGGCACACCCAGGAUAAGCUCCCAUCCGCUUUUAUUUGGAAGCAAAAGAUAAUUGCACUGAGAUCUAUGAACAUUCUCUAGUGUUUUCAAACUGUAAUUGAAGAACACUUUCCAAGUGUUCCAAGCAGUGCUUGGGUUUUCCCUAUCAAAUCCGUGCAUCUACCCACAUUAGUCAUGUCUGAUGACGGGUGCCAUGAAUCUUCACUAUAGAUUCUCUGACCCAGAUUGUUAAAGGGACAAACCAUAGCACAUUUUAUAUGCAGUCCCAAUACCAACGCUGGUAGCGCUUCAUGUACCUUUUGCUUGCACCUUUACACUCCUCAUGCCUCCUGAACUACUCCAGAGAAGGACAAUACCACCUUAAAGCACCUGGAAUCAAAACUACAGAUAUGGAUUAUGAUGUCCUAGAGUUUGGAAUGCUCUGUGGCCAAAAUGCAUUUCCAUCUUUGGCUAUUGGCUAUUGGACUAGUUCAUUCAUUCAGUCUUUUGCCCAAAUCAGAUCCUCAAAGAUUAUACAUGCUUGCACCUAAUAAUUGUGUGUUUAAACUCCGCAUUAGUGGUGACUGCACAUGCAAUCUGGUAUUUGCAUGCACAAAUCUUCAUUUGCACAUACAAAUUAGCACCCAAAUUUAGAAAACUUGGCCAUAAAUGAUUAGAAGACUGGGUAAUGUAGACGUUUCCAGAGACGAAGGAAAUUGAAGAGACUUAUGCCAAAGAGAGAUAAAAGUGCAGAGAAGAGAAAAUUAGAUUGCUUCUCACUGAAGUUGGGUAGAAGGUGGAGGAGGCCAUGACUUGUAACUCUUAGCCUUGGGGACAUCCUUCCAAUGUCCACCACUAAGGAUUAGAUUAUGUCACUGAAGACAUGGAUUCUGUAACUUUCACAGUCUUCCAUGACAUUUUCUGCUUCAGCCCCAAGGUAUCAGGGGCCCUAGCUGUCAGCCAGCAGGGGCCAUGAAGCUCCAAGCUACGCCAGGCUGUGAAGGCCCCAGAACUCUCAGCCACUGCAGGGGGCAGGAGGCCCCAGAGGAUGCCGGGAGCACCUGGCAUGCCACCCACAGGUGGCAGGGGCACCCGGAGGGCAGUGGGCAGCAGGGGCACCUGUCCAUGACUUUUACUAAAAAUAACUGUGACAAAAUCUUCACCUUGCCCAUCACACCGUGGGAUCAAAAUAUGGUGCUACUCUAGCUGGGAUAUAUAUAUUGCCUAUUAUAUAAGAAAAUGAUCAUGAACGUGUUAUGCACAGUUUAUGCAUGUAGCCACUUAACCAACCUCUUAAAGGCAUAGAAUAUGUUGGUACUAGUAUAAUCAUUUUUUUGAAUUGUGUUCUGAAUAUUCUUUUCUCAUCACGUCCACCUUAAGUCAGAGGGGAUACAGAAGAACAAAUAAAUAUCAGACAGAAUCCUGAUAAAAACGCACACUCACAUAACACCUGUACCGCAAAGGGAUCAGAAAGCGUUCCUGAUAUACGUACUACGUACCGGGAUCACUUCUUCCACCGCUACAAUGCAGCCAUCUCUGGGGUUGAAUGUGGCACCACAUGCAAAAACACUACACAACCAUUUCAGACAAGAAGUGAAGAAUAACCUGUGUGAUUAAAACUGAGUGGGAGCACUGAUGGAAAAGUCCUGUAGAAUUUAACUGGAGUAAAAGUACCAGGGCACUAUAGAAAUGUGAAAGGCUUAUAUAGAAAUUACUCUAAGGACCUAUAAUACUUAAUAGAGAAUAAUCCCCUUUCCAUGGUUUUAUGAUCCACCCUUUAGAAUUUUCUAGUGGAGAUAUAAUUAUGGAGCAGAACCUAGAAAAGGUUGCAGUGAGUUUCCUUUUUAGCCCCCACUUUGCCAGCCCUUAACCUCUCCAUCUACAAAGAGGGGAAAUCAGCCUCACAACUGGUGAGUUAGGGCUUUCACCACAUUGGAAUCAAGCUGGAUUUGGCAUUCCUGAGUUAGGACAUUUUCCAGCACUCUGCCAUAAGGGAACGCGAGGUUGGUAGAAUUCCCAAAGUGAGAAUUCGGCCAGGGCACCAUGGUGAGGCUUCCCAAAGGAGCCAUGGGAUUUUUUAACGGCCCCUCAGUCUUACGGCACUCCUGGAUGUUAGUUUUAAUGGGCAUGUUUCCUUCUGGUGCCUGCAUUGCC